AUGCCUCUAUUACUUGUCGCUGCUACUAUUUUCGAGCGUGGAAACAUGCAACCUACAUCGAACGAAACCGAGGAGGAACAAAAGAGGGCGCGUACGGCGUCUUUGUUAGUCACAAUUUCAGAGAAAGCUAUACCUUUCACGAACUCCAUGGUGAAGGCCGUGUACUGGAGCACGAGCGGCGCCGAAAUUGCUUCUAUCCUGGCGCUGCGUUACCCGUCGCACGCUUUCGCACCAUACAUUCGUACCCUCAUUUCCUUGAGCAAUUCUCGAGCCCAUGCAUCAACUAUUGGCGCUAUGAGCUUUACAUACCUCCUCGGAGCGCUUCUGGUCAUUUCAGGCUCCCUCGUUCGCCUCCGCUGCUUCUAA